ACUAAAUACAAUCUAGAUUUUAAAACCGAGUUUUUGGAAGGCUAGCCUAUCUUUUAAAAUUGGUUAGAUCUAAUUAAAAAUAAAAAUAAAUGAAUAAAGUACAUUUUUAUUGAUCAAUUUGGUUUGCAACGGGAAACAUAGAUCAAAAUAAAUGACAUAAAUAUGCAUGACUUAAAUUUAAAUUAAAUACACGCACAAAUACAUGUACAUAGGGACUACCCUAUAUUACACCAGUACAGAACAGUUUACAACCAUGCCAUUGUCGGUCGCCACUGUGCAGAGCCCUGUAUUUUGAGUUAGGGUAGCCUUGUCUUGCUAAGGACGCACCGCAGUGGCCACUGACCAGCCAUCUGAGCCCCUUCUUUCCGUCACCGACACUUGCUUGACGGUACGUGAGUCGGAGCUCACUGCUCAUCCAGCCACUGGAGCCCCCAAUGGCCUUCGCUUGAAGAUUAAAAGUUAGAGGCUGGCAUGGACCAAAAAAAUUAAUUUACUUAGGCCCAGAGAACUUGAAUAGAUGGGUGACUGGAAAAGACCAGAACGAUGAAGUAUUCAUGUAAAGAAAUGAGAGGCGAACCAUGAUGAUGAUUGUCGAUGUGAGACCAGAUGCCAAGACCAAGAAGAAGAAUCUAGCGGGCCUAUCUGACAUUUGACAUUUGAAAAGAAAGAAGAAAGGGUAGGCGAGGGUAGGCCUAAGAUAAAUGUUCGUUUUGUGACAGUCCUUUCAAGGUUAUCUAAAUUAUUAAUUUAGAGAAUCCGCUUUCUACGUUUUCACGUAGCCUAGGCUAGACUUCGGCAAGGCUAGUUCUUACUUUGUGUGCGUGUUCGUAUUCUGCUUCGAUUUGAACUUUGGAUGGGCAAUCAAAGCGCCUGGGCUAUUUUUAUUUCUUUCAGACUAUCGACCCUGAUAAUAAAGAGGGGAACCCACUCCAUCGCUAUCAGUCAGAGCCGUGAUCUGCUAGUUUACCAAGUUUGUUUGCAAACGCGGCGACCACUUUACGCUGCCAACAAGUUUCACGGAUUUACUUUUUACAGAAAUGCUAGAAUCUAAAUGUGAUUUUCUUGGCUGUGGAGAAAGAGCUUGCGGACCAUUCAGUCAGUUACCAGAGACAUGUAGAUCUAGAUCUAGAUCUAGAUCUAUAUAUAUCUAGAUAUAGAACUAGAGCCACAGAGAAUCGAAGUCUAAAGUUAAAGUGAGUGCCAGUCACUGACGCUUGUUGAAUUCAAGUGGAUGGGUGGAGUAAAAAGUUUUAUUUCCAUCACUGUUAGAAUAUUGAGUUUGAGAUGACAUUUUGCAAAAAAGAAUUCUACUUUUAGAAUGCUCACUAAAUCUAGAUUCUAGGCCUAAACCCAUCUUGGCUUUUUGUUUCAUCUGAGAGUCUAGAUGAGCAGUUCACUGGGUUCUGACUGAGCUCAGUCAAGCAGUCAGUGUUGUCUGCUACUUGAAAAUUUUCCCCUCUUCCCUUUUUUAGCUUUAGAUCUACAUCUUCAAGACUUCUCAAGAUUUUAUCUCUGUUGUGAACGUUUUGCUGUUUUCAUUCAAUGAGUGUGACGUAGCAGUAGCAUGAUGGCUGAGAGAGGGAGCAGUAGUGGAAGUGGCAGCGAAAAUGGCGAUUCUAGAAAUUCAUCAAGCCGUUCCAGUGCAAGCGAGGAAGAAAGAUUACGUCGUUUGUUCAACAGUUGUGAUGCAGAUGGAGAUGGCUAUUUGGAUGGAGAGGACCUGACAUUCAUGUGCCGAAUGCUGAACAUGGCCGACUCCGUGGGAGAGGUGCGACAACAGCUGGGUCUCACCGAUGAGUCGCGACUCUCCUUCCACGACUUCCUCCGCUGCCGCACGCGAGUCAUGCUGGAGUCCUCCGCUCUACAGCAGCCGCAUCAGCAGUCGCAGGCCCAUGACCUUGAGGCCGUGACGUCUCCCGCGCUGCUGUCUGCUGGGGAGGACACGGGGAUUGAGUCCGAUGCCAGCGGCGUCAUGGGAAACGUGCAGCCGGCCUCUCAGAUGACCUUGUGGCCUACGCUGAGCAGCGACAGUUUAG